AUGUUCCACGUAUGUGGUGCAAGAGAACGACAAGAAUACAAAAAGGUUCAUGAAAACAUCACCAUUGUCAUCGAACUUUCCGGGAAUCCAACAACUGAAACCGAGCAGUUUCACUCCUCCGAUGAAACACUGGAGCUCCGGCCUACCACUGACGAAAUCUUUCAGAAGUGUCCUCAGUUGACGCUAGGGGCUUUCAAGACUGGCGUUGGCAAGUCUUCGCUGAUCAACCACGCAUUCGGAGUAAAGAACGCGAUGGCUUCGCACGAACAGCCGGGCGAGGCCAGCAUCGAUCACGAGUUCAUCUCACCGCAAAACGACAGAUUUGUUCUUCAUGAUAGCAAAGGUUUUGAACCAGGGGAAAUAGACAACCUCAAAGUUGUCCGAGAUUUCAUUGAGCGCCGGAGAGUAAUGCCUGAUUUGAAAAAUCGGCUACACGCUGUUUGGUGGGAGCAUUAUCUUAGCGGGCGCUUACUAGAAACCGGUGUGGAGCAAUUUCUUACAUUGAUGCGCAAAGGAGAACUGGGAGGCAUUCCUAUUGUUGUCGUUUUCACUAAAUUCGGCACCCUCCUUGUUCAUGUGGAGCGAACUCUGGACAAGUCAACUAUCAAGGGUUUGGACAAUGCGGCAAUUCAAAAACGCAUAAAGGAAAGCGCGGAAGACAAGCUAAAGGAAGUCUGUAUCGCACCCCUGGAGAAAUUUGCAGGGUCCGGUAUUCCGCAUGUUACAGUUUCCACAAAUGGACACCACGAGGAGACCCUGGCCCGUUUGAUCCGAACCACGGAAGAACUCGUUUGUAAGCAUGUUGGGACCGAUGCGUCGGUGACGACGUCUGCUGCUCAGCGAGUGGAUCCUGGACUGAAGAUAAAGGCAUCAAUAGGCAUCAGGGUUGGCAAGAGAAAAUACUGGAAGGCACUCGCAUCAAGCGCACCAUUCAAGGACCGUUCUAUGUGGGACUGUCUGCAUGUGCUUCACACUGACAUUGUCAAGGUGUGGAACUUCCACGACCCUAAUGAUUACUUGUGUAACCCGGAGUUCAGGAUAUUGAUGGCGAACAUGGCCAAUGAGCUAGAUGUCGGACCCAUUGGUAAUGCCAACAAGAACCUCGCGUUUGGGCUGUCCAUUGUGGGUACUAUUGUGGGCAUCGUGUCCGCACUGGCCGGACCUGCUGCCCCCAUCGUAUUACCAAUAGUGGCGAUUCACGAGGUGGAUCAGCAGUCGAACAGUCUCGUAGAGCCAUCAAGCUUGCAAUCAAGUCCUACCACGACUCACCAACUAGGGGAAGGGUCCAUAAUCGGAUUUAGGAGUACGAGGCAAUUGACCAUUUUGGCACGCGCGGACCGCGAUUCAUUGGAUGAAUUCGUCAAGCUACUACAAUCAUAUAGCAUCAGUGCAGAGGAAAUGAUGGUUCUUCGGAGCAAACUUCCCGCUGUGGAUUUAUCUUCGGAUGAACCGUGGGACACGGCCGAGAAAUGGAUGUCGACGUGUCCUUACCCGUACUAUGUAAUUGGAGUUAUAGCUGUCUGUGCUACUGUAGUCUGCCCUGACGUUCUCUCUGAGAAGGUUUUCCUUGAAAUCAGUUUAUCCUCCCGGGACACGACUACUCCCAUGAGCCGGACUAGUCUAGCAGGCCACCGCAUACAUGGGAACAUCGACUCAUCGAGCUUGUCCCGCCGCGCGUUCCCUUCGAACGACUUGGCGAACCACGCGCCUUGCCUUGUUUGUUGCGAAAUGUCCGAAGAACUGGCCCGUCGUGGCAGUCCGGAAGGAUCAGUCUGUAUAUCUGGCCAGAGCCGAUUUGAUGCUAGCACGCGGAGUUCGCGGAAAUUAUUGAGAACAAGUGAGGGAGUUGUGGGCUACUGUGGGGUAGGGCAUGAGAGCCAGGAACCAGGUCGAUUUAAUAUACAACGGAUGCGAGUUGAUGAUCUCGCGUGGUAG